GUGUUUGAGCCCCCCAUGUCCCCCGUGCCGGCAGAGCCGGAGCCGGUGCAGUCCCAGGUGAGCAAGACGGGCAAGUACGUCCCUCCCAGCCUGAGGGACGGCGCCAGCCGCAGAGGGGAGUCCAUGCAGCCCAACCGCAGGGCCGACGACAAUGCCACCAUCCGCGUCACCAACCUGUCCGAGGACACGCGCGAGACCGACCUGCAGGAGCUCUUCCGGCCCUUCGGCUCCAUCUCCCGCAUCUACCUGGCCAAGGACAAGACCACCGGACAGUCCAAGGGCUUUGCCUUCAUCAGCUUCCACCGGCGCGAGGACGCCGCCCGCGCCAUCGCCGGCGUCUCCGGCUUCGGAUACGACCACCUCAUCCUCAACGUGGAGUGGGCCAAACCCUCCACCAACUGAUCGGGCGCCGCUCCCAGCGGGAUCCCAGC